GAAUCAUCUUGCCGGGCAAGCCCGGGGAGAACGACGAGAUCUUUCACAUUACCCGGGGUAAGAUCCCUGCAGAGCUCAAGCCUCUUCUGAGCCAGCCUUUCACCGAGGAGGAGAAGGAGAGGAUCUACAGCCAGGUCGGGCUCCUCCGUGCCGAACAUGUGCCGGAAUCUGCCCGCCCGAAGGCGCUGUGGAUUUUUGGCCCUCCUGCUGCAGGAAAAAGCACGCUGGCUGCCGAGGCAGCUGCAGAGCGCUUCGGCCAGGCAAUGAAUGCCGUGAGUGUCGAUGGCAAUGAGAUCCGGGACGCUCACGACGGCUUCCGUCGCGUCGCAGAACACGGCUUCGACCACCACGUCCUCCACAAAGAUGCCUGGGAUGCGCUGAAGGAGACCGGCUGCGUGGAAGGCUUGAAGAAGUCGAUCCUGAAGAAAGCCAUUGCGAACCGUCAGAACAUCGUUCUAGCUGACUGUGCUCUGAAACCGGAGCGCGUCAAGGACAUGCUGAAGUCGCUGCAAGCUGCUGGUUAUGAGAUGCAUGCGAUCUGCCUUUGGGCGCCUCAAGAGGAAGCAGAGAGGCGGGGCCGGUUACGGUCCGUGAAGACUGGUAAGGCGUACAAUCCGAAGUUUCAUCAGCCGAGCUGCGAGGGAACUCUGGAGGUGAUCGCCCACUGGGAGAGUCAGAUGAGCCUGCCAAAUGGCGGAAGCUUCGGAAGUAUCGAGUUUUAUGACGCUGGAUCGGCGCCAGCGAUUCGCGUCGGAAAGGACCACUUCGAGAUGCUCAUCCGAUGCGCCGAGAGGGGCCGACGAAGGUCUCUUUGCAGACCGGAGGAGGGCCGGAGGUCUUCCGUGUCGGAGAAGUCCAAGGAGUUGGCGCUCAUGAACGACGCUGCCUGGGUGAAGCAGGCGGAACAGCUGCGGAACCUCUUUACAAAGUUUCGGCACUGGGCAUGUCAAAAGUGCCCGUCUUUCCAUCGCUUCAUCCCAGCCGGUCUUCUCGGCUUGGUCCUCCUGGCAGCCACGCGAGACACCGGGAAGUAG